GCAACUGCUAAGAAUGCAUGUCUCAGGGUUUUGUUUAUUUUGCGGUGCUAGGGAUGGAGCCUAAGUCCUCACUUCCAUUCUACACUGCCCCCCCCCCCCCCCCCCCCCCCCCCCCCCCCCCCCGCCCGGUGUCAGAGUUUUGGAUCAUCGCUCCAGCAAGUAUGUCCUUUUUGGUGCUUUUCCAGCGCCACCAAGAGAUGCGCAUGCGCAGUUGAAUUGUUUUCCUAGAUGCCCUAACAAAUUUGAACUGAUAGUUCAGGCGCUUUCCCCCCUUGCCCAGUAGCCAGAUUUCCAGCCAGCUGGCUGGGGCUUACAGUUCAGUCCAUGGCAGUAAAACAAGCAGAAAGUGACUGACUGGCUCAGGUUAGCCAGAGGCCCUUGACAUCGUCUAAGCACACAGCCAACAAGAGACAGUCCGUAGAAGUCUCCCAAUGUGUCCUUUCUCCUCGGUGUGCUUGACUCUGGCAGCAGACUCUAGUCUGCUUCCUCUAACCAGUGGAUAUCAACCUUCUUACUGCCGGGACCCUUUGAUAUAGUUUCUGGUGUUGUGGUGACCCCCAACCAUGAGAUUAUUUUCGUUGUUACUUUAUAACUGUAAUUUUUCUACUGUUGCUGGGUGGUGGUGGCCCACAUUUUGAUCCCAGCACUCGGGAGGAAGAGGCAGUGGAUCGCUGAGCCUGAGGUCAGCCUGGUUUACAGAGGGAGCUCUAUUACAGCCAGGGAUACACAGAGAAAUCCUGUCUCAAAAUUGAUUAAUUAAAAAAACUAAAUUGUGAGUACCUAUCUCACAAACCAAAAUAAAAAGGGAAAGAAAAAACAAAUCUAGGGCCUUGUGACACACAGCUGUAGCACUUAGGUGGCUACAAAGGGAGGGUUGUCAGGAGUUCAGGGCCAGACUCUGCUGGUUCCAGAAGUGCUCAGUCACACCCGUGAGUGCUUAGCGGAGGUUCUCCGGAAGGAGAGCUAUCCAUGACUUUCUGCCUCACGGCAUCAGCUAGAGGGUGAUGCUUUACAGUUUCAUAAUUAUAACAUUUUCAUGAAGGUUUGGGGUUCCCACAUAGUCAUAAUGCUACAUGGGAACCCAUCACUUUAAAUCUUAAGGUACAGCAAUGAGUAAGAGGGAGAUUCCAAGUGGCUGUGAGCUUUUCACAACUGAGUCUCAGAUACAGAUGCUGCUGAUAUGAAAGCUGAUUUCCCAGAAUGUAGAUUUUCUCAGACAACAUGGACUAGGAAGCUCUAACUAGUGCUUGUUAUCUGGGACACACCAGGCUACUACCUACUGCUUAGAAAGACAAUAGAGACAUCAUUAUCCUCAGCUGCCCUCUGAGAGGUACACUUUCCACAACUGGUCUAAAAACAGUGUGGAAUUCAAAAGAUUCAAUCAUGGGGAACACAGAGACCUGACUAAGACCUCCUGAGACAGUUUCUAGCAGAAACUCUUUCUAUCACGAAACACUUCAAACACAAAGCAAAAAUUAACACUCAAACGUUCAUCCCACUGGAUGCCAUUAUGUCUAGUUCAUUUCAUCAUUCUGCUUGGCAUUUUACUGAGGAAUAUGUGUUUUAAAGCAAACAGAGAAGAGGACCCAAGUGCAGCUCCCAGCAUUGUCACUGGGCGGACCACAGCUGUCUGGCCUCCAUAAGAACCCAUUCUCACGUGCACCCACCCACACAUAGACACACACAUGGACAUAACUGAAAACAAUUAAGACAAAUCUUUGAAAGGGAUAUUUGAGCUUUUACUUUCUGUUUUAUUUUUUCUUUGGAUAGAGUCUCACCAAGUUUCCCAGGGUGGUCUUGAAUGCAUUCUUUAGCCCAGGCAGGCUUUGAACUCAUGAUCAUCUUGCCUUCAUGUAACUAGGGCUUUGUAGCCUUCAACACAAAGCCCAAUUCUAUUAAAACAAAAACCCUUCUCUACUUAAAAAAAAGUAUUGCAUAUAAUUAUGCGUGUGUGAGAGUAUGUGUGUGUGUGAGUAGCAGUUCACGUGUGUGAGAGUAUGUGUGUGUGUGAGAAGCAGGACCUUCCAGAGUCGAGGGCAGCUCACAAGAAGUGGCUCUCUCCUUCCAUGUAGCUCAAAAGGCCUUGAUCGGUCUUGAUGAGAAGUCCCUUUACGCACUGACCCAUCUUGCCUGCCCUCUGUUGUUUCUUUCUUUUCUUAAAGGUAUAUUUGUUUUAUUUUAUGUGUACGUGACUGCCUGCAUGUAUGCCAUGUACCACAUGUGUUCCUGAUACCUACAGAGGCCAGAAGAAGGUGUCCAGUCCCCUAGAACUGGACUUACAGCAGUUCUGGUGGGGUGGCUGAUGACUGUGACUCUUGCAGCUAUAAAUGAAAAGCAUCUCUUGGUUUUGUUCACAGUGCACGGAAGCCUUUAAAGUUGUCCACUGGUCUAUUCAGUUUGUUUUGUGUUCCCUAUUAGCAAACAGUGAAUACAGGAUUUUCUCAUCUGCAUGCAUUAAGACUGUUUUUCUAGCUGGGUGGUAGUGGUACAUACCUUUAAUCUCAGCACUUGGGAGGCAGAGGCAGGUGGAUCUCUGUGAGUUUGAAGCCAGUGUGGUCUAUAGAGAUCCAGGACAGUCAGGGCUGCACAGAAAAUCCAAAAAAGAAAAGACUGUUUUUCUAACUGACAUGGACCUAAAAUGCUAAAAUGUCCUCCAGACACUAACAUGAGCAUAAUAUAUGACACUUGAGAAUUUUACAAUAGUCUGGGGACAGUAGCGCAUGUCAGGUCUGCACACUAAGUUCCGGACCAGUCAAGACUACAUAACGAGGCCCUGUUUCCAGAAAGCAAGAGAAAGAUAUUAAAGCAAAGAUUCUCCAAGUUACUAUAGGGACCUAUGGAAUCAUAAUCCAGGAAUGGGCAGCGAGGGGCUGAAACCCAGGCUUUGCGUGUGCUAGGCGGGUGCCACAGCACUGAACUACACUCCCAGAACGAAAGCUCCCACAUACAUCAUUGGAAUAGCAAUGCUAUAAGUCAGGCUUAUGUUAGGAUCGGAGGUAGCGGCCUCGCAACAGUGUGGCUUUCCUUUGCUUCCUCCCUAUUGCAGUGCACCGAGUAGCCCUGGCCUGUGGCAGCGAGUUCUUUGGGGCCAUGCUUCUGAGUGGGAUGAGGGAGUCCCAGGGCACAAAAGUGUCUCUGCGUACCAUCUCUUCGCAAGACCUGAGACUCCUCGUUUCGUUUGCCUACUCUGGAGUUGUACGAGAAAGAUGGCCAGGAUUGUUAAGAGUAGCCCAGGCUGCGCUGCAGUACCAAAGCUCCUCUUGCCUGGAUUUGUGUCAGAGAGCCUUGGCUCAAAGCCUCUGCCCUGCUCUUUGCCUGGCUUUGUUUCCUAUGGUCGAAGCUCCUGGUUUGGAGAAAGUCUGGGGAAAAGCCCAUCGUUACCUCCUCUCUCAUCUGCCUGCUGUGUCUUUGUGCCCUACUUUCCCGUCGUUACCGGCUACCUGCCUGGCUGAGCUCUUGGAUAGUGAUGAGCUCCACGUACAGGAAGAGUUUGAGGCUUUCAUGGCUGCACGGCGCUGGCUGGCUGCGAACCCUGAGACCCAGGAGUCAGAGGCCAAGGACCUGCUGCGAUGUGUCCGCUUCGGUCGCAUGUCUACCCGAGAGCUGAGAAAGGUGCGGGCAGCUGGGCUCCCUCCACCUCUGUCCCCCGAUCUGCUGAACCAGCUGAUGGUGGAAGCCGAAAUACCAGGUCAAGAGAGGUGGAGGAAGCCUGACCAAGCGCUGGUGGUGAUUGGUGGGGAUGGGCUUAGACCUAACAUGGACCGAAGAAAGCCAUCUUGCAAAGUGUGGUGGGCCCGGGCUUUCCGCUGUGGCAUGGGUCUGGUACGCACUGUGGAAUGGUGCCGGCUGCCAGACCUGCCUGCCCCAGGGCGCUUUCGCCAUGGUGCUGCAAGCCUAACAGGAAGUGAACUCUAUGUCUGUGGGGGACAGGAUUUCUACAGCAAUAGCAACACUCUGGCUUCAACUCUCAGGUGGAGCUCCAGUCAAGAAGACUGGGAGGAAAUGGCACCCUUGUGCCAGGCUCGGAGCUUCUUCCCUCUGGUGGUGUUUGAUGGAGAGCUUUAUGCCCUGGGUGGACGGGGCAAUGGUGUUGCCCUUAACUCCGUUGAGACCUAUAAUCCUGAACUCAACGUCUGGAGGCCGGCACCUGCUCUUCCAGUACCAUGUUUCGCCCAUGCAGCUGCAAUCCUCGAGGGUCGAUUGUAUGUAAGCGGUGGCUAUAGUGGGACCGGCCAGUUCUUGGACUCCUUGAUGAUCUAUGACCCCAAACUUGAGAAGCCUGAGACACUUUUGAGCCCAAUGCGAGUAGCACGGGCUAGUCAUGUGAUGGCUGCUCUGGGUGGGAGGUUGUAUGUGGCGGGUGGACUCGGUGACACUGGGGACCUGCUGAGCUUUGAGGUCUAUGAACCGAAGAUGGAUAGCUGGACUCACCUGGCACCCCUGCCCUCCUCGCAUGUCGGGGCUGCAGGUGCUGUUUUACAGGGGGAGCUCCUGGUACUGGGGGGCUACAGUCACCGAACGUACGCCAUCUCCCACCUUGUCCAUGCCUACUGCCCUGGUCUGGACCGCUGGCUCUGCCUGGGAACUCUGCCCAAGCCUCGCGCCGAGAUGCCUGCCUGCAUCCUGACAUUGCCCAGUGUGCAGCACAUACCUUUGGUCCCUACUCAGCACCAAAACAAACCUGCUGGGUGACUGAGGAUCGGCCAUGUUCGAGGGAGGAAGGGAUAAGAAUACAAUGACAGUGACAAAGGGAAGAAAUUAUGAGAGGGUUGAAAAGUUGUAUUGGUUGCUUGCUUUUAAAAGUCGUUAUCAUUAGAAAGAUUCUUAUUACUGCAGCUCUGGUUGGCUUUGAACUGGGUGUGUAGCCUGGCCUGGCCUCAAACUCAAAGUCCUGCCUCCGUCUCCUGGGUGCUAGGGUUGCAUGUGCUACCCCACCUUGAUUGAGGACAGGGUCUCUUGUAUCCUAGGCUGGUUUAUAACUCCCUAUAUAGUCAAGGAUGACCUUGAGCUGUUAAUCCUCCUGCCUCUGUCUUGAAAGCACUGGGUUCACAGGCAUAUACACCUGAUUGGUGGCCGAGAUCAAACUCAAGACUUCCUGCAUGCUAAGCAGGUACUCUGCCAACUGAGCUACGUCCCUACCCCUGAAAGAAGACUUUAUUCUUUUUUGUUUGCUUAUUUUGUUUAUACAUUGUUUAAUAUUUAUUUAUUUCAUAUGUAUGGGUGUUUUGCUUGCAUGUAUACCAUGAACCACAUGUUUAUCUGGUGCCUGCAGAGGGCAGAAGAGGCAGCAGAUCCUCUGGAACUGGAGUUACAGAUGGUUGUGAGCAGCCGUGGAGUGCUCAGAACUAAACCCUGGUCCUCUGGAAGAGCAGCCAGAGCUCCUAACCAGCGAGCAUCCUCCAGCUCUGUAUGCAGUGUUUUGAAGCAGUCUCGUUACGUAGUGCAGAUGAGAAUGCUUUCUUCUUGUUGGUAUUUUCCUCCACCCUAGACAUGGAAGCUCAUAAACUCCCUCUGUGUAUAUGAUCUGUACCAAGGAACAGGUGGUUCUGGAACUCGUGGGAAAUGGGCCUUCCAGGAAUAACUCCACAAGGAUCAGUUAGGAAUUUUAAUGAAGGAAGUACAGCUCGCUGGGAGCUAAAGCCGGAGCUCAUUAAUAGAGUGCCUACUUAGCAAGCAGAAGAUUCUGGAACGACAAAAAUCAAACUUCAGUCAAAGUAUAGGGACCAGAAAAGGACAUUGGGACAGUUGGGAAAUUGAUGUAGGAAUGUGGAGGGAUUAAAUGCCCCCCCCCUUCUCGGCAAUUAGCGUUUAUUCUCCCAUCUGCAGGAUACCUACAUCUUCCCAACAAAAUUCUUCCUAGGGUAGCUAGGCCCAUAGCUAGCUCCAUAGGCUGCCUGUAGAGUCUCCCCAUUAGGUCUAGACAUGGUGGUGCACACUGGAAAUCCCGGCAUUCAAGAGGCAGAAAUAGGAGGACAAGGACUCGAGACUUUUUUAAAAGUACCAAAUCAAACUCAACAAAACAAAUAAAAGCAUCAAGAAGGAAACCCUCCUAAAAGACUUGGACUGCAGAGAGACCUGAAGCCAUGCAGGUCUACCAGGGUGAGAUGGGGGUAUUCAUGGGGGCGGGGAGGAGGAGCAAGACAGAGGCCAAGGUGUCCAUGGUGGCGAAGGGAAAGUCUGAGGCUGGGAAGACGGGAAGAGUCCACUCCAAUGUCUUUCCUUCCCUUUGAUGAACUCAAGAAUCAGGACUAGAAAAAGGGCAAUUGUGUGAGUCCUGUGGGAUCAAGAGGGCGAGAGACCACGGCUGAGGAAAGUGAAGGCCAAGGACUUGGGAAAGCAGUUUCUUCUUGUCAGUCCCUUCCCACAUAUUAUUCUGAACCUGUUUUCCUCUUCAGGUUUUCAUUUGUUUUAGGCAAGUUUGUGUGCAGCCGAUUCUAGCCUUGAACUCAUUAUAUAGCUGAGAUGACCUUGAAUUUCUGAUCCUCCUGCCUCCAACACCAGAGUGCUGGGAUUACAGGUGUGGGCCACCAUGUUAAACUGUAUGUUUCUGUUUAAAUAGACAAGGAAUAGAGUUGAUAAUAAAAAAAAAAGUUGAGUAGAAUAUAUACAAGAGAGAGACUGAAGAAGAAAAGGAAAUCGGGGGACAUUUUGCUUGUGAUAUGUUCAUAAAGAUGGCUAUAAAUAAAGGUUUCAUAAUGAUGAAAUCCUUGUCUGGAAGUCUCUGCUAUAAACAACAUUCAAAGUGAAAGUCCCCAGAAUUUGACUUGGGUAUUAUUCUAUGAACUAUUAUUAUUAGUCUAUGAAAUCCCCGUCCAUUUGUUGCUGCCAAUGGCACAAUCCAUGGCCGCCCUCAUUCCUCUCAUCUUUCUCCAGGAUCUGAAUCUCAUCCAGAAACUGUCUCUUCUCUUAGCUCCAGAGGUAGCAUAACCUCAUGACCUCCACACGUAUGCCCUAGCACAUG